CAAAACUCUAUCAUUUCACUUCUGAAAUCUGGGAAAUCUGGCCGUCAAGUGGCUAAGGAAGUUGGUGUUAGCAUUGAUACUGUCUCUAAGAUAAAGAAGAUCUACUGUAUUGUCCAGAUGUUCAAGUAUCUAAAGGUGGUCGUCCCAAUAUGCUUACCAAGGUUGACAAGAAAUACUGUGUUCGUCAAAUUACCAAAGGUCGUCUGGAUAAUGCUGUUAAGGUGCAAAAACAGCUUCAAUUGGAUCACAGCAUUACUGUUAGUGUUGAUACAGUCCAUAGAGCUUUGCAUGAAUCUGGUCUGGGUGCCUUUAAAAAGGAGAAGAAACUGAUGAUUUCUGCUGCUAAUGCCAAAAAACGACUUGCCUGAUGUUAUCAAUAUCGCAACUGGACCUUAGAUGAUUGGAAACAUGUUAUUUGGUCAGAUGAGACUAAAAUUAACCGUUUUAACUCUGAUGGACGUGUCUGGGGAUGGAUCCGUGAUGGUGAAAUGAAGCAAGCAAGACAUGUCAAGCCUACUAUCAAGCAUGGAGGAGGUAGCAUCAUGGUGUGGAGCGCUAUUACAUAUGCUGGACCUGGCUGGUUAUGUCAAAUCAAUGGCCACAUGGACAAGACCUUGUAUCGUGACAUUUUAGAUGAUGAACAAAAGAAGACUAUGGAUUUCUUAUGUCAACAAUAUGGAUUUACCAAG